GCUAAGUCACCGCACUCCCACAGCGACUGCCACCGUCGCCGGCAAUGUCUUGGUUCGCGCGUUCCAUCGCCAACACCCUCCUCUCCGACGGCGAAGACCCCCGCCCCUCUGCUUCAUACUCCCCGGGCUCACCCCCUCGCGGCGUCCGCGAGGACCUCUCGGAGCUCACCGACGCCCUCGCCAACCGGUUCCAGGGCAUCGCCUCCUUCCUCGCGGCGCCCACUCCUGGGGGCAGCGACGGCUCACGCCGCGCUCCAAACCCGGCCGAGAUCGCGGGCCGCUUCCGCGCGGGGCUCGCGCGGCUCCCGGGCCGCCAGACCGUCGCGGAUCUCGCCAAGAUCGCCUCCUCUCUACUGCCCCCGGAAGAAGACUGGAGUGGGACGGAGGCCGCCGGGGUUACGGAGGACGUGGUCGUCUUCGCGCGGGACGCCGCCAUGCGGCCCGAGCUCUGGCUCGACUUCCCCUUUCUCCCCGACGACGCGGACUCGGACGAUUUUGACAUGACUGAUGCGCAGCAAGACCACGCGCUGGCCGUCGAGAGCGUGGCGCCGGAGCUGGCGGAUCUGAGAAUCGAGCUCUCCCCCGGCCACAUCAGCGAGGGCUGCUUCUGGAAGAUAUACUUUGUGCUGCUGCAUCCCAAGCUCACAAAGGAGGCGGUCGACCUUCUUUCUACUCCACAGGUUUUAGAAGCUAGAGAGCAGUUGUCACAAAAUUUCCAAUAUCAGACAAAGCUUGAGAGCAAUGAAGACACAGUAGCUCCGACUAUCAGCAAUGCAGAUGGUACUGUUGCUACGCCUGUAGAGGUGGUCCCCUCAUUAAAAGAUCAAGAUGCCUCUGCGAGGGCCACAUCUUUUGGCAACGUAGAUUAUGGUAUUCUUGAAACAAUCCAUCUCGACGAUGCACCAUCAAAAGAUAUAAUCGGUGAUGCUGGGGCUGUUUCUUCAGAUAACAUCAGCAGCAGUGUGUGUGUACAACUUGUGCCCGUAUUAAGAGAUGCCACUGAGUUAUCACAAUCCGAGAUAGAAGAAAGCAUUCAUGCUUUAUCUAAAGAAGAUGCGACUGAGUUCGCACAAUCUAGGAUUGAAGAAAGCACACCUGACUUCACCGCAGAAGAUGCUGAAGCAGAUGAGGAGACUGUGACAUUAGUAGACAGUUUUCCAUCUAAAGAAGAUCAACGGAAACAGCCAGUAAGUGACCUCUGGGAGGGAUCAAGAGUUAUCAUUCAGAAGGCUGAUAAGGAUGACACCGACGAUGAUGGGGAUGAAUGGUUGGAGGAGGACACUGGUGGUUCCGGAAGCACACCUAUUCAAAUAGCAGACGACGAUGAGGACGUAUCUUUCAGUGAUCUGGAGGAAGAUGAUGAUGCGGCAUGACAUCAAUGGUAAACCUUGGCUUCGUGCAUCUGGUUCAAUCCCACAUGUAUACACAUGAGCUUGGGCCAUGUCUACUGUAUGGCCUCAUGGUUCUGCUGUCAUCAGCUGCUGCUGCUGCGGCAGAAUUGCUCCCCUUGUGCUGUCUCUUUGGCUGGUAGAUGCCAAAAAUCGAUUUUCACAAUCCAAGUCUCAACUUUACCAUGUGGUGCCAGUGACUGUUGUACAGUGUGUAGAGACUUGUGCAUUUCGGAUCUGGAACAACUCUCUGAUCCAUGGAUGCUCAAUCAUGUAUUCUUCAACAGUGAUGAUGAGGCUCUACCUGUAUUAUAUUUUUCAUUGGAAAGGAAAGCAAUUGCACAUAUAUCACAUGUAUAGGCUCAAACCCCUACCAGACGUCUUUGCGGACCCAAAAUUUGGUGUAUAUGAGAACGACAUGGAGUUUGGUAAACUAUGGCAAAUCAUGGGCCAUAUCGUCCUGCAGAAUUCAUCAUCUUUUCCUUGUUCUGUA